AGAGGUCAUGAUUGAAUCUAUACCCACCUGUCUGUCACUGUCUGUCACACUCUAGCUUCUCUCUCUCUCUCUAUAUCUUUAUGUAAAUGGACUCACUGACUCGUCCCAUCCUUUCACUAUAGUACUGCUCUAAAGUAAAAGUCUGUGACCUCUCUGCCUACAAAAACUCACCCCAUUAUAAAUUGCUAAUUGUUAACACCAUUUUCAACCCACAGAGCAACUCUUUGGUUUCCUUUACACAUUCUGUUUGGCUGUCGAGAAAAGAAAAUGAGUAACGGAGACGAUGAUAUGUCGGGUUUGGGUUUGAGUUUGGGUUUGGGUUGUGGUGUUGCUGAGAAUCAGAAUCCGAACCAGAACCAGAUGAAUCAGUAUCCUCAGACUUCAUUGAAGCUUAAUCUCAUGCCAUUUCCGUCCUUCUUUGCUCAGAUUAAUCAUCACCGGACUUCCUUGAAUGAUCUUUUUCAAUCAGCUGACAGGAACACUGAUACGAGGUCGUUUCAGCGGGUGCCGGAUAUGAACCGUAUGCCGCAAAUCGUCGAAUGCGAGGACGAAGCCGGCGUUUCGUCACCGAACAGUACUAUUUCGAGUUUAAGCGGGAAGAGAAGUGAGAGGGAACAGGUCGGAGGUUGUGAGGAAGCUGAGGCGGAGAGAACGUCCUGCUCUCAAGGCGGAAGUGAUGAUGACGACGGCGGUGGCGCCGGAGACGGUGACGGAGAUGCGUCUAGGAAGAAACUGAGGCUUUCGAAGGAACAGUCUAUAUUGCUUGAAGAGACUUUUAAGGAGCAUAAUACUCUCAAUCCUAAACAGAAGCUGGCGUUAGCUAAGCAAUUAAAUCUCCGGCCAAGACAGGUGGAGGUCUGGUUUCAGAACAGAAGAGCCAGGACAAAGUUGAAGCAAACUGAAGUAGAUUGUGAGUAUUUGAAGAGAUGCUGUGAGAAUCUAACACAAGAAAACAGAAGGUUGCAGAAGGAGGUUCAGGAGCUUAGAGCAUUGAAGCUCUCCCCACAGCUCUACAUGCAUAUGAACCCUCCCACCACCCUUACCAUGUGCCCUUCGUGCGAGCGCGUAGCCGUUUCAUCAACGUCGGCUGCUGCUGCUGUAGCAGCGACAAACCGACAUCCGGGGAAUCCCCAACCCCAACGACCAAUGCCCAUUAAGGCUUGGGCAGCAUUGCCUAUUCAGCAGCAUCGAUCUAUGGAUAGUUCUGCUUCCCGAUCCUAAGUCUUUGUUUCGGAUUAGGGUUAAGAUUUAGGUUACGGAUACUCCAGACAUUCGGAGGUAUUUGGGGUCCAGUUUUGUAUAGGGUUGGACUUGCUUAAAAGUCACAGAGUAGUGUUUAUAAAUAUGAAACUUCUAAUUAACUCAAAGGAUAUGACAAACGAAUUCUAUGCUCUUGUUUAACCAUAUUAGAAUGAGGAAGUUAGUAGUUGUUCUUCUGACUAUUCUAAUGAAGGAAUGUAAGUUGAUCCUGAAUGAUUUUGUGCAAAGGGCCUUCCUGGGUCCCUGAACUUCUAUAUCAAAAUUAAUUUAAUAUUUUUUUGAGAAUUAAAA